AUGGUGAGUCUACGUAGCUGUAGACUAUUUUCAACCUCAUCAAAAUUGUCCAAUGGAAUUGUUAUGUCAGCAACAACUGUUACUUCAUCCACAACAACAUUCGACGAACAAAUACCUAGACCUAAUCGAUUCAGUAACAAACAAAAUAACAUCAACCAUAGAACAAAUAAUAGAAGUACAUUUCAAAUAACGGAAAAUUUGACUAUGCCUGAAUUGAAUAGAAUAAGAACAAUUCCUACCCUUAUAACAUUUUAUGGAGGUAAUCCAAUACACGAAAAUAACAUGAAUCAAUUGAAAUAUUUACUAAGAAAAUAUGAAAAUUUGCCUACAAAAGUGUUAUCUGAUGAAGAAUUAUCAACUCAAAAAUUUAUUGGAUUCGAUACUUAUAAAGAAAAAACGCAAUCAGGAACAAGAGUUAAAAAAAUACAUUAUAGAGAUUUAAUCACAAGUUUAAAUAGAUUGAGAGUUAUAGAUCCAGAGUUAAUGCCAGUCGAAGUAAUAGAUGUUUUAAACAAUUAUUAUUCAAAAAGUGCCAAUAAAUCAUCAUUACAAACAAAAUUAAAAACUUUAGACGAAUUCGGAAGAGCAAAAGCAAAAGCUAAAAGAAAAGCUUCGAAAGCUCAUAUAUAUUUAGUUCGUGGAGAAGGUGAAAUAAUUGUUAACGGUAAAAAUGUUGUUGAAUAUUUUACAAACAUAUAUGCUAGAAAAAAUUUGAAUUAUCCAUUUCAAGUAAUUGAUCAAGAAGGCAAAUAUAAUGUCUUUGCUGAAGUUAAUGGAGGUGGUUAUACAGGACAAAGUGAAGCAAUCAUGUAUGCCAUUGCAAAAGCUUUAGUAAUAUUCAAUCCAUUAGUAAAACCAAGAUUAUCAAAAGCUGGACUAAUGACUAGUGAUGCAAGAGUUGUAGAGAGAAAGAAACCUGGUAAAGUCAAAGCAAGAAAAUCACCAACUUGGGUAAAACGUUAA